AAGCUCAAGCAAGCUUGCAUAGAAAUCCUCGGAGAAAAUUCAAGAUUAUUGUAUGCCGCAAUAAAACCAUAUUUCCAUGUUGAAAUUUCAGUCAAUUCGCCAUUAAUCAAAAUCUUACAAAGAAGCCAAAAAUCCCUCCUUUCCAAAUUUUAACCCUUUUCCCCUAUUUCCUCUGCACGCGGUUUCAAAAUCCACUGUUUUUUUCUCCUUUUCUGUUUUGUACGAAUCAGAAACUCAACGACAUAGUACUAAUAAUUGCCAGUUUCUGUGUAUUGAAACAAAAAAUUGUUGUUGAAUUUAUCAUUCAUGGCAUCCGCGGCGAUAUUCUCGUCGUUGAGGCGGCGGAGUUCACCGUCACUGGAGGCGUUCCUAGCACCGGUGGAUCUACCAGACGACGCCGUUUUGGAGGCUCUGCGCGCCGUUUCGACGUCCUUUUCAGGUAAGGAUAAGAAGGCCCCCUUUUUUCAGGGCAAGAAUUCGAGAUCUUUAAUCCGGAAAAUCGACGCUAUCUCUGUUCUCCUCGAUGCCCUGAGCGAUUUGGGGCUCUCGACAAUUUCUCCCACCGUGUUUCUGUGCUUGAAGGAGUUGUACCUCCUGCUUUACCGGUCGAAAAUCCUGAUCGAUUAUGUAACCGGCUCGAGCAAGCUGUGGCUGCUGCUGCAAAACAACACUAUUUCGGGUCAUUUCCAUGAUAUCAACCAGGAAAUCUCAACCCUCUUCGAUGUCUUUCCUUUGUCUGAGAUUAUUUUGUCUGAAGAUGUUAGAGAACAGAUUGAUUUGUUGAGCAGACAGUCGAGAAAAUCGAGAUUAUCAAUCGAUAAGCAUGAUGAGUGUAAAAGAUUGAAGCUUUACCAUUUCUUGAAUGAAUUUGAGAAAGGCAAAAUCCCUGAUUUGAAUGAGCUGUACAUAUUUUUUGUGGAAAAGUUGGAGAUUUGCAACGUGGAGAGGUGUAGAAGUGAGAUUGAGUUCUUGGAGGAGCAGAUUGUGAACCAUGAUGAUGAUCUUGAGCCUAGUUCAUCGGUUUUGAAUGGAUUUGUGGCUUUGAUGCGUUACUGUAGGUUCUUGCUGUUUCGAUUUGAGGAUGGGGAUGAUGAUCUAGGGAAAUGGAAACGUAGAACCAAAACUAAAGGUUUGAUCUCUCGAGAGAUUGCAGACACAUUUGUCACGAUUCCAAAGGACUUCUGCUGCCCUAUCACAUUGGAGUUGAUGCAUUCUCCGGUUAUAGUGUCGACAGGGCAGACGUAUGAUCGUGCCUCGAUUGUAAGAUGGUUGGAGGAAGGGCAUAGUACUUGCCCGAAGACGGGGCAGAUGCUUGUUCAUACGAAACUGGUGCCGAAUCUAGCUCUGAGGAAUCUGAUUGUUCAGUGGUGUAUGGCUAAUGGGAUUCCGUAUGAUCCACCGGAGAGUAACGCUGACUGUGCGGCUUCUGCUCCUCCGAGCAAGGCUGCAGUCGAGGCAACUAAAGCGACUGCAGCUUUGUUAGUCGAGGAGCUGGAAAACGGGACCCCACGAGCUAAGAAUGUGGCUGCUUGGGAGAUUAGGCUGUUAGCCAAGACGGGGAGGGAGAACCGGGCUUAUAUAGCUGAGGCCGGAGCCAUACCCCUUCUGAAACGGCUCCUUCCGUCUGCAGACGCCUUUGCACAAGAGAAUUCCGUGACUGCAUUGCUGAACUUGUCGAUUUAUGACAAGAACAAGAUUAGGAUUAUGGAUGUGGAAGGGUGCUUAGGUGCCAUAGUCGGGGUUUUGAGGUACGGGCAUACCACCGAGGCGAGGGAGAACUCAGCAGCGACAGUGUUCAGUCUCUCUGCCGUUCAUGAAUACAAGAAGGAAAUUGCGCAGGAAGAUGGAGCAGUGGAGGCUUUAGCCGGGAUGUUGGUGGAGGGAACUUCCAGAGGGAAGAAGGACGCGGUCACUGCUUUAUUCAACCUAUCGACGCAUCCUGACAACUGCGCGAGGAUGAUUGAUUCGGGCGCUGUGAGGGCGCUAGUCGGAGCGCUGGAGUGCGAAGGCAUUGCUGAGGAGGCUGCUGGUGCAAUGGCACUCAUUGUGAGGCAGCCAAUUGGGGCAGAGGCGGUCGGGAAGGAGGAGGGCGCGGUGGAGGGGCUGACGGGGAUGAUGCGAUGUGGAACACCGAGGGGUAAAGAGAAUGCUGUGGUGGCGCUGCUUGAGCUGUGCAGGAGCGGAGGUGCAGCUGCCACGCAGAGGGUGCUCAAGGCUCCUUCGAUGGCGAGUCUGCUGCAGAGUGUGCUGUUUACGGGGACGAAACGAGCGAGGAGGAAGGCGGCUUCGCUGGCGAGAGUGUUUCAGAGAUGUGAGAAUAGCUCGUUGAAUUUUGGGGGAUUAGGUUUGGGGUAUGCAUUUGCGAGAGGAAAUGCGGUUGCUGGCAGAGAUACAAGCUUUGCUGCUGAUGUUUCAAUGCCUCUCUCCAUUUCAGUGCCUGUGUUGUAGUUACAAAAUCUGCUGUUUAUUUACCCCAUUCUUUAAUAUCCCUUUUUUUUGGUGCUAAAUCUGUAAUAGUUACAAAAUUUAUUUAAAUAGUAUAGUACAUGGAAAGAAGUUAUACACACAAGUUAUUUGUGUCUGCAUUGACAAUGUUUGUAAGUUAAAUGAAUAAUAUUACAAGUAGUAUGUAUGAAUUAUGAUUAGUCUGAAUAUUA